CUUUUCUCUCUCUCUCUCUCUCUCUCUCUCGGGCUGGAUCUCCUCCUGCGCGAUCGGCGGGCGCUCUUGGCUCGUGUGUCCGAGACAAAGGCUGCCUCGGCGGCGGGCCCUGGAGGCGGGGGAGAACCGGGCCUAGCCGGGCCUCUCCUUCCCCCGCUGCCCAUGGCUUCAACCCAGCGAGCCAGCCCGGCCUCUCCUCUCCUUUUGGCAGCCGCGAUCGGGGCACAGGCUGUGCCUUCCUUUUGUGAGAUCCUCUGUACCGGCCACCAAGAAUGUUCCGAAAAAGGGACCAGUUGGACCAGCUUGUGGUACGUUUGGCUUAUCCUGCUCACGGUGUUUGUGCUCCUGAUGUGCGGGAUCGGAGCCAGCUGUGCCAAGUUCUGCUGCCGCACCAAGCACCCCCUGCGCCAAACCUUCCCGCCCCGGGCACACGACCUCACCGUCAUCCCCCUGGAGCACGACAGCACCGCCCACAGCACCGUCACCUCCUACAGCUCUCUCCAGUACCCUCCCAACGUCUCCCUGCCUUUUGGAGACCCGGAUAGGAAUACCACCUGCCCUCCAGCCUACAGCCUCUACGCCAUAGAGAUGCCCCCCUCUUACGACGAGGCCAUCCAGAUGUCCAAGCCUCACACCGAGACUCUGUCAGUGGGCCAGAAACCAGAGAGCGGAGCCUGUGAACCAGCAGCCUCGCCCAAGUUGCCCGAAUCAUCCCCAAACUGCCCCGUGGAGGGGCAAGAGAACACGGGGGACGCCUCUACGUCCUCCCCCGAGCAGUCGUAGUGGGGGUCUCUUCGAUAGGGGAGCGAGAGAAUACGGACCUAAGUCACGGGCAGAGGAGGGAAAUUUGUAUCCUCUGGACUGGGAUCUAGCAUCUCCUGCCACUUCUGAGUACCGUUGGGACUUUUCGAGGCGAUGGAAAGAAGAUCCUUGCCUCCCGCGUCUGAAUUUUCCAAGGUGAAAACUAACGAGCCUCCCUCCGCCCCCACCUUAGAGGUUCAGCUGCCUUGAGUGCAUUGGAUGAGCAGAAAAUGGCCUUUUUCACCCUUAUAAACCGUUGCAGCAUUCGGCCGCUGGACUUAAAAGGGGUCUGCAUCCUGCCGUCGGGAGGGGUGAAAUGAAAAAAAACAAAAAACGAGAGCCAGUACAGAUUAAUCUCUCUUUCUUCUGGGAAGACUGGAUUUUCUAGCAAAUUGCUGAAAGAUGGGAUUCGUUGCUAUGUAACGGCCAAGCUUGGACCCAGAGCCCUUUUUAAAAAAAUAAAAUGAAAUCCCUACUUCUGCUUUUGAUAGACUGAGAAAAUGUUUUCACGAUACCAAGGUUGGAAACUUUUGUCACGUUUUGAAUCCUCAAUCCAGACCAGAAUAUCGUUUCUCGGUUCCUGCGGGUCUCCGAGGACAGGUUGCUGUGUCCAACUGGAAUGUGA